CAUGUAAUUGUUCUCCCAGAGAAACUUCCACGAAGUUGCACCCCAUGCACGGGAUGCUCCUUUUAAAGGUCCCCUUCCUCCUCUCCUACUCCCCACAAGUCUACAUUCCCAUAUUUCCGGCCACCGGAAAAUUUUUCAGAGAAUGAAGCUCUCUGAUCUCAAGCACAGUGGGUCAUUUAAGAUCAUGAGGACUGGUUCCUCCAAACGGAAUCCUCCUCUCUCAUCAACCCCAGGCGAGAUGUCUAAGAGUGUCUCGGCCUCUCCGAGACAGCACAAACCGAUGCAAGGGACCGCGAGGGCAUCUGCUUCCCCCGAGAUAACCUUUGCCUCCCCUUCCAGCGGCGGGUUCUACUCGCCGUCACCACAAUGGGAGGUCGAUCAGGUGUUCAAGAUGUUCGACAAGGACGGAGACGGGAAGAUCUCCUGUUACGAGCUAGGGUCGAUACUGAGACGACUGGGAGACGAAUCGAGCGAUGAGGAGGUCAUGAGGAUGCUGACCAACGCCGAUGAGGACGGAGAUGGUUUCAUCAAUAUGGAGGAGUUUGACAGGGUGAGCAUGGUGGCGUCGGCGGCGGCUGCGGCCGAUCUGAUCGAUGCAUUUAACGUGUUCGACACGGAUCGAGACGGCAAGAUAUCUGUUUACGAGCUGCACCGAGUCUUUGUGGCCCUAGGGGAUGAGGGUUGCACACUGGAAGACUGCCUCAGGAUGAUCAAGAAGGUGGACGGAGAUGGGGAUGGCUACGUUAGCUUUGAAGACUUUAUCGCCAUGAUGACGAGAUCAUAAACUACUACAGUCGUACGUAUGUCUGGACUGGGAAGCGAAGCAGCAAUACAUAUAUAAGUAUGCAAGUUUGGUGUUUGUAUAAGUGUUUGGUAUGAAGAAGUUGCAUGUAUUUGUGCUCAUGGGUGGUCUAUAUAUCAUCCAUGUUUGCCAGGACUAUGUUCUCUCAGUGUCUUGUUCUUUUAACUUUUCUGAUUUAGAAAAGAAUGCAGUCUGUGUGUGCGUGUGUGCGCGCGCUAUAUAUAUUAUGGCAACAGGAAAUCACCUUGGUUCA